GAGGCCUGAGAGAGAGAGAGAGAGAGAGACGGGGAAGGUGAAGAGAAAACCUUCCUGCAACGAACCUGAGGCGUGAGGGAGAGAGAUGGGGAAGGUGAAGGGAAAACAUCGGCUUGACAAGUUUUACCACUUAGCCAAGGAGCAAGGUUACCGCUCACGAGCAGCGUUCAAACUUCUCCAGCUGGAGGCCAAGUUCAGCUUCUUGGCCUCCGCCCACUCUGUUCUCGACCUCUGUGCCGCACCUGGUGGUUGGAUGCAAGUGGCCGUACAGCGCGUCCCCGUCGGCAGCUUCGUCCUCGGCGUCGACCUCUUUCCCAUUCGGCCGAUACGAGGCGCAGUCUCCGUGGAAGAAGACAUCACCACGCCUAAGUGUCGUGCUACCAUAAAAAAGCUAAUGUCAGAGAACGGCUGUCGAGCUUUUGAUGUUGUGUUGCACGAUGGAUCGCCUAAUGUCGGAGGCGCUUGGGCACAAGAGGCCACCAGCCAGGCCUCUUUAGUCAUUGAUUCAGUCAAGCUCGCGACCGAAUUGUUGGUUCCGAAAGGCACAUUCGUCACCAAGGUCUUUAGGUCACAGGACUACAAUGCGAUCCUCUACUGUCUCAAGCAGCUAUUUGGUAAGGUUGAGGUCACCAAACCAGUUGCCAGCCGUUCAGCAUCUGCGGAGAUUUAUGUAGUUGCUCUGAACUACAAGGCCCCUGCAAAGAUUGAUCCACGUCUUCUUGAUGUGAAAUUCCUAUUUCAAGGGGUCAUAGAGCCCCCCAAGGUAGUGGAUGUUCUCAGAGGAACCAAGCAAAAGAGACACCGUGAUGGGUAUGAGGAUGGAAAUACAACUUUAAGGAAGAUCUGUUUGGCUUCAGAUUUUGUGUGGUCUGAGACUCCACUUGAUAUUUUAGGUUCUGUUACUUCUAUCUCCUUUGACAAUCCUGCUUGCUUAUKCAUAAAGGAUCAUAGUUUAACAACAGAAGAGAUUAAAACUCUAUGUGAAGAUUUACGUGUUCUGGGAAAGCAGGACUUCAAGCAUCUUUUGAAGUGGAGGAUGCACAUAAGAAAAGCCCUAUCCCCCUCACAGAAAGCUACUUAUACAGCUGGAGAUGAUGAAGAUAGUAAUAAGGAUGAUGAAGAUGAAAGGAUUCUCAAUGAAAUGGAGGAGUUGUCAUAUGCUAUGGAACGCAAAAAGAAACGUGCAAAGAAGCUUCUUGCCAAAAGACAAGCGAAGGACAAAUCUCGCAAGGCAACAGGGAUGCAAAUAGAUGCAAUGGCUGAUGGUUACAUUGACAAAGAGUUAUUUUCUCUUUCAUCUAUCAAGGGAAAGAAAGACCUGAUAGCUGUUGGUUCCAUGGAAGCCAAUGACAUGAAUGGUGAUAUUGGAGAUAGUGAUAAUGAAGACAUGCGCAUGGAUGAAGUUGAAGAAGCUUCAUUCAGUGAUGCUGACACUGAUGAAGAACAAAAACGUUAUGAUGAUCAACUAGAGGAAUUCCUUGAUCAAGCAUAUGAACGAUAUUUGGAUAGAAAGGGAGGAAGCACAAAACAGCGAAAACGUGCCAAGGGGGCUUAUUCUAAACACACGGAUGAACUAUUGGAGGGUGGUGAUGAUGAUUUAGUUCAUUCAGAUCCUGACUCUGACAAAGACCAGAAUGAUGAAGCAAAUCCUCUGAUGGUGCCACUUAAUGAGCAGGAACGGCCAACUCAAGAGCAAGUGACAGAGAAGUGGUUUAGUCAGGAUAUCUUCACUGAAGCAGUGGAAGAAGAUAAUUUAGAAAAGAAUGAAAGUGAAGAUGAAAUGGACGAAGAUUUGGACGAGGAAAAACUUCCCAUUGCAAAAAGGAAUAAGGAAAAUGCAAUGCAUAAUUUGAAAGAACCUGAUAUUCAGAGUCCCCAAGAUUCCAAGGUAGAAGGGGACUUUGAGAUAGUGCCUGCUCCAGCUACAGAUUCAAGUGAUGAUUCAUCCUCCUCUUCAGAUGAAUUGGAUGAGGAAGACGAUGAUAAAAAGGCUGAGAUAUUAGCAUAUGCAAGAAAGAUGCUGAGGAAAAAGCAGAGGGAGCAGAUCCUUGAUGAGGCUUAUAAUAAGUACAUGUUUGAUGACGAGGGUCUGCCCUCAUGGUUUGUGGAGGAGGAAAAGAGACAUCACCAGCCAAUCAAGCCUGUAACCAAGGAAGAGAUUGCUGCGAUGAGGGCACAGUUUAAGGAAAUAGAUGCCCGCCCUGCUAAGAAGGUGGCAGAGGCCAAAGCUCGGAAGAAGCGGUUAGCAAUGAAAAAGCUCGAAAAAGUUCGUCAGAAGGCAAACGCCAUUUCAGACCAGACAGACAUCUCUGACCGAUCAAAGAGUAAGUUGAUUGACCAACUUUAUAAGAAGGCAAUGCCCAAGAAGCCCCAGAAGGAGUAUGUGGUCGCAAAGAAGGGAGUCCAAGUCAAGGCUGGCAAAGGGAAGGUCCUAGUUGAUCGUAGAAUGAAGAAAGAUUCACGGUCUAGUGGAAUGGGCAAGCAAGGGAAGGGCAAUUCAAAGAGGGGAAACAACAGAAAAGGUGGCAAAGGGUCUAGAAAAUUUCAUUUGAACAAGGGGAAGAAAGGAAACAAGGGAAUGAAGAAUAACGUGCAUGGUGCAUGACUGAGGUAUGAUCAGAAAAAAAAAAAAGAAAAAAAUUGAGAUGAUGAAUUACUUGAUGUGUUUUCUUUUUUCCCAUGGAAAAUAGACCUCUGUUUUGACCAAGGGGAUUGAUUCAUCAUUCCAUGGAUUAAUUAAAAAUACAUCAUUCAGGCGCAUCUGAGAUUCAGGUCUUUUAAUAAGCUGCCCUCUCUUAGAUUUAGUGAAGAACAUAAUGAUGGUGUAGUCUGGGACAGCCAUCCUGAUUGUAUUGAACGGUUGAACGACCUUUUGUUUUUUAUUUCUGUUAGUUUGGUUUGUUUUUUCUCAUAAAAAAAAGUCAGAUUCAAGCCUAAGUAUGGCAUAUCUAUUAUGCCGAAGUUAAUCAA